UUGUAAAAUCAUGGAGCAACAAUAAUUUAUCUGAGGAAUGUUCAGGCUGUCUUUUUUAGAUUCAAAUAAUUAUGCAAUCUUUAGAGGUUCACAAAUUCCGAUUACUUUAAUUUUGAUUUAUAUAAUCCAUGGGGCACUAACUUGCAUUUUUCAAAUCGGGAACGAGCAGAUGAAAUAUGAAUAGCCCCCUCAUCAAGUGUUAACUCAGUUUUUAUAACUACCUGCAAAACAACAAGAAGUCCUCAACACCCUCUAAACAAAAAUAAUGUUGGAGACAAUCUAAAUAAUCAAGUUGCCAAUGUUCUUUACACUUCUUGGAGUAUUCCACCUGUUCAUGAUGUCUGCUGGAGGCAGCUCUCCAUUAGACACAGACAAUGGUGAUGAAGCGGUUAACCAAGCGAGGGCAUCAGGCACAGAGAAAGAGAAGACACAAGAUUACGAGGACGAAAACUUGGAAGACGUCGCUGCUGAUAUUUAUGACUUGAUUAAAGACAUCAGAGAUCCUGAAAAGCCCAACUCGCUGGAAGACCUUGAAGUUGUGUUUGAGGAAGGUGUAAAAGUUUAUCCCUUGAAAGGCUAUGAAGAUGGGUACAUCAUUCGUGUUCAGUUCACGCCAACGGUGCCACACUGUUCGUUAGCUACAUUGAUUGGUUUGUGUAUCAGAGUAAAACUGGAAAGAAGUCUUCCUCAAAAACAUAAGCUGGACAUUUAUAUCACAAAAGGCACCCAUUCCACAGAAGAAGAAAUUAACAAACAAAUCAACGAUAAGGAGAGAAUAGCAGCUGCAAUGGAGAAUCCCAACCUCAAAGAACUGGUGGAGAAAUGUGUGGCAGAAAAUGACACUUGAACAUCCUACUGCUUAUAGACAAUAUAAACCUACGCAUCACAUGUUGGAACAUCCUACUGAUAGUCGACAUAGCCUAAUGCAUCACAUGUGACAAUGGAGCCACAGAGCAUGGACUGCAAGCAGGCUGAUUUGAACGCAGGCAGCUCAUAAGGAAAGAAAAUAUUCUAUCUUGUGCUUUGGGGGAUUGAAUUGUCUUAUUUGUAUCGACUUUUGAUAUAUAGAAAGGGGGCACAUCUCUAAAUGUGUUCAGCCGUUAUUUAUGAAGGGAUGCAAAAUGUUACACUUUUAUCUUAAUUCAGACUUUUUAAAUCAGCCUGGUGAAGAAAAUAGUUGUUACUUUUAUCUACUUCUGUAGAGCUGAGGACACUGUUGACUUAUGGCACAAAACGUACAGUUUCCCAUGGCAAAUGUAUGGCAGUAUGGCCAGGGUUAAAGGCAGUGGACACUAUUGGUAACUUCUCAAAAUAAUUAUCAUCAUAAAACCUUUCUUGAUUACAAG